CCUACUCUCUAUGGUUAUAUGGGGUGCGAGGAGGCGCGCGUCCCGGCGUGGCCCGGAAGAGGAAGGGGUGUUUGCGCAGGCGCGGUGGGUGGCCGGUUGGGCGGGAGCGGCGGUGGCUGAGGUGCUGCAGCAGCGAGUGGAGCUGAUCAAGCACCAGCCAGUAUGUCGUCCACCUCACAGAAGCACCGGGACUUCGUGGCUGAGCCCAUGGGGGAGAAGCCCGUGGGAACUCUGGCUGGAAUUGGGGAUGUUCUUGGAAAGAAACUGGCGGACAAAGGCUUUGACAAGGCAUAUGUGGUACUUGGGCAAUUCCUGGUUCUGAAGAAAGAUGAAGAACUUUUCCGGGAAUGGCUGAAAGACACGUGUGGAGCCAACGCCAAGCAAUCCAGAGACUGUUCUGGCUGCCUGCGGGAGUGGUGCGAUGCCUUCUUGUGAAUAUUGGUUAUUGUUGCCUCCGCACCAGCAGUCACUAUUAUGGCUUUCAUAGUUAGCAGGGGGAAAAAAAAAAAAAUCUUCCAAACCCUUCCACUUUGUACCCAAUCCAAAGGGCAGAAUGAAAUUAAUAAUUUAUGGAAACCCCGCGGCAUUCAGAAUGUCUAUUUACAUAGCUCUGAUUUCUAGCCAGAAAGAAAAUAAUUGUUCCUAGAACCUGCCGUUAAUGUAACUGACAAGAUUUCUUCUGGGGAAAGGGGGGUAAUGUUCUAUUCUACACCUUUGUUAGAUCUGUGUUUGGAUUUUAUAGAUACAAGGUUCCUCACUGUUUCAGACCAGCUAACUCCUAAAGCCUUAAUAAUCCGCAUGCUUGUAAAGGGGAGCGCUUCUAUUGUCUUAAUUCGAACUCUCAUUGAUAUGCAGCUUGCUCACUGUUAGUUUAAAAAAAAGUUGUGGUUUUAAGCUCAUUCUGGCUUAUUUCUGGAGCAGUUAUUUGUGGACCCUCCAGAUUGUUUUAUGCCACUUGGCUUUCUUUGGAAAAGUAACAGUGGAAGAAAACAUUGUAAAGUUUUUUUUAAAAACAAUAAAAAUCAGCUGUGUUAAUAUUC